UACACUCCCAAGGUAGUUGUCAUUUGGCUGCGAGGCAGAUAGUUCUACAUCUGGAAAUCAGUCAAUUCAUUAUCAUUCUAUUGUGGAAAGAAAGUAACAGGACUCCUCUUCGUGGUAAACAUAGUUAUAUUUCUAAAGGUGUUUCCAGGUAGCGAUAGCAUUAAAAGGUGACAUGUAUUGGAAGAUUUUGACAGCAGUUCUCUGCUUCUAUGCAGUCGUUCCUGUAGAACCUACUGCAUCCUCAGCAGCUCCCACAACAACUGGAAAUGCAACAACAACAGCCACAGCUGCCAACACCACAAUCACAGCUGCCAACAAUAUCACCACAUUUGCCAACACUACAACCACAGGUGUCCCCACAACAGCCACAGCUGCGAACACUACAUCCACAUAUGCCAACAAUAUCACCACAUCUGCCAACACUACAACCACAGCUACCAACACAACAGCCACAGCUGCCAACACCACAAUCACAGCUGCCAACAAUAUCACCACAUUUGCCAACACUACAACCACAGGUGUCCCCACAACAGCCACAGCUGCGAACACUACAUCCACAUAUGCCAACAAUAUCACCACAUCUGCCAACACUACAACCACAGCUACCAACACAACAGCCACAGCUGCCAACACCACAAUCACAGCUGCCAACAAUAUCACCACAUUUGCCAACACUACAACCACAGGUGUCCCCACAACAGCCACAGCUGCGAACACUACAUCCACAUAUGCCAACAAUAUCACCACAUCUGCCAACACUACAACCACAGCUACCAACACAACAGCCACAGCUGCCAACACUACAACCACAGCUGCCAAAACUUCAACCCCAGCUGCCAACAAUAUCACCACAGCUGCAACAACUACAACAACAGCUGCCCCCACAACAACCACAGCCGCUCCAACUACAACGCCCUCGCCCCCAGUUGUUUUUGACCUGGUAUUCAGAUCAGAUGAGGUUUUCAGUCCUGCUCUGACAAUUACCUCUUCACCUUUGUUCCAGAAUCGUGUAACGAAGACAAUUCAAGCGCUUGAGCCUCUGUUUAAGGCACAAUUCCCAAACUUCAUAAGACUGAUUGUGGUGGGUUUCAGGAAUGGUUCCAUCAUCACAGACACCCAGCUGGAGUUUGCUGCCGCUAACACAACUGCUAAUGUGACCACACCUUUUGCUGAUGCUGUGGCUACUACUCUGAAGGCUGCGAUCACCAAUGGAAGUUUGAGUAUCAACAUCUCAGCCAAUUUCAAGAUUACUGUAAAACCGACUCCAUCCGCAGCAUCUCCCACCACAACUGGAAAUGAAACGACAACAACCACAGCUGUCCCCACAAUAACCACAGCUGUCAAAACCACAACCACAGCUGCCAACACUACAACCACAGCUGUCCCCAAAACAGCCACAGCUGCAACAACUACAACAACAGCUGCCCCCACAACAACCACAGCCGCUUCAACUACAACGCCCUCGCCCCCAGUUGUUUUUGACCUGGUAUUCAGAUCAGAUGAGGUAUUCAGUCCUGCUCUGACAAAUACCUCUUCACCUUUGUUCCAGAAUCGUGUAACGAAGACAAUUCAAGCGCUUGAGCCUCUGUUUAAGGCACAAUUCCCAAACUUCAUAAGACUGAUUGUGGUGGGUUUCAGGAAUGGUUCCAUCAUCACAGACACCCAGCUGGAGUUUGCUGCCGCUAACACAACUGCUAAUGCGACCACACCUUUUGCUGAUGCUGUGGCUACUACUCUGAAGGCUGCGAUCACCAAUGGAAGUUUGAGUAUCAACAUCUCAGCCAAUUUCAAGAUUACUGUAAAACCGACUCCAUCCGCAGCAUCUCCCACCACAACUGGAAAUGAAACGACAACAACCACAGCUGUCCCCACAAUAACCACAGCUGUCAAAACCACAACCACAGCUGCCAACACUACAACCACAGCUGCCAACACUACAACCCCAGCUGCCAAAACCACAACCACAGCUGCCAACACUACAACCACAGCUACCAACACUACAACCACAGCUGCCAACACUACAACCACAGCUGCCCAAACCACAACCACAGCUGCCAACACUACAACCACAGCUGCCAACACUACAACCACAGUUGACAAAACCACAACCACAGCUGCCAACACUACAACCACAGUAAAACCGACUCCAUCCGCAGCAUCUCCCACCACAACUGGAAAUGAAACGACAACAACCACAGCUGUCGCCACAAUAACCACAGCUGUCAAAACCACAACCACAGCUGCCAACACUACAACCACAGCUGCCAACACUACAACCCCAGCUGCCAAAACCACAACCACAGCUGCCAACACUACAACCACAGCUACCAACACUACAACCACAGCUGCCAACACUACAACCACAGCUGCCCAAACCACAACCACAGCUGCCAACACUACAACCACAGCUGCCAACACUACAACCACAGCUGCCAAAACCACAACCACAGCUGCCAACACUACAACCACAGCGACCAACACUACAACCACAGUCCAAGCUAAUCCAACGACAGCUGCUCCCACAACAACCACAGCUGCCCCCUUAACUAUCACAGCUGCUCCCACAACUACCACAAGCGCACCAACAACAACCACACGUGCACCAACAACAACCACAGCUGCCGUUGCCCCGACGACCACCGCAGCCCCAAAUGUUUUGCUUCUAGUGUUCAGUUCAGAUGAGACCUUUACCGAAUCUCUCUCAAACAAUACCUCCCAAGCUUUCCGGGAUCGGGCUACUACUAUAAAAAACGCGAUUGAGCCAGUCUAUCGCAAAGACUUUAGAAGUUUCAUUCAGCUUGUUGUGUUGAGUUUCAGACGUGGGUCCGUCAUCACAGAAAGCAGAAUGGAGUUUGGACCUACUGGUAACGGGACUGCACCCACUGCUAAUUCGGUGAAAGAUGUUCUGGUGAAAGCAGUCAACAACGGGAAUAUAGAUAUCCGUGUCAAUGUCAGCUCCAUCGUUGUCAGCGUUCUAAGCUCAUCCAUGUCUCCAGUGGUAAACAGUGUGUUUUCCUCUUUUGGAAUGACCCUGGUUUUCCUGCUGCUGUCUGCUGCAAUGCACAGACUUUAAGAGCAGGACAAACCAACUAAUUUGCAACCCUGCACCUGACUACACAUGUAACUCUUUUAUUUUUAUUUUUUUAUCACAUAGCCCUCUUUUUCCAGUGAAAUAUCUCUAUAGCAUAUGCAUAUUAGGAUCCAGCUCUAUCAUUCAAAUGAAAUUAUGUUUGUUUAAUCCUAGAUGCUCUUUAACGUAAUGUUAAACCUAUUGUACAGGAAUGGAUGCGUAAGCAGAUUUCGUUUGUUUGGUUAUAGCCCAUAGUAAAAUAUGAUGUAGAGCACGUUUGAUAAUACAUUAUGUGUAUUCAUAGAGUAAACCUUUUUAGUGGAAUUAAUUUCAAUAUGGAGUUAAUGAAGGCAGGGCAAACAAUGAAACCCGACCUGAAGAUAAUCCCAACCAUCAAAAUCACCCAUUAUCACUAUUGUGAGAAUAUGUCUGCGUUAAUACAAUUAUCCCUUGUGUUUACUGUUGAUUUGAUGAAAAUAAAAAGGAAACUUUGGAAGAA